UUCACCUGAUCACAGCUUUCUCCUUCACGACGGAGGGGAGCUGCGCGGACAUUAAAAGCUUCCAGGCCUCCAAGGAUGGACUCCAUACCUGCAGGACGAGACUCCAGCUCCUCGCCAAGCUCCAAACAAGCUUCAUACCCGACCAAGAACCUGAAGCCCAACCAGGUCGGGGAGACGGUGCUGUACGGAAUACCGAUAGUGUCUCUGGUGAUAGAUGGCCAGGAGAGACUUUGCCUUGCACAGAUAUCCAACACGCUGCUGAAGACUUACAGCUAUAACGAGAUCCACAACCGACGUGUGGCUCUGGGGAUCACCUGCGUCCAGUGCACACCUGUGCAGCUGGAGAUCCUGCGCAGGGCCGGAGCCAUGCCCAUCUCCUCCCGGCGCUGCGGGAUGAUCACCAAACGGGAGGCCGAGAGACUCUGCAAGUCGUUCCUGGGAGCUCAUGCACCUCCUAAACUUCCAGAGAAUUUUGCUUUUGAUGUUUCCCAUGAAUGUGCGUGGGGAAGCAGAGGAAACUUCAUCCCGGCCCGGUACAACAGCUCCAGAGCCAAAUGCAUCAAGUGCUCCUACUGCAACAUGUAUUUCUCUCCGAAUAAAUUCAUAUUCCAUUCGCAUCGCACUCCUGAAUCCAAGUACACUCAGCCAGAUGCGGCUAAUUUCAACUCUUGGAGGAGGCAUCUGAAGCUGUCCGAUAAAGGCAGUCAGACAGACGUGCUGCACGCCUGGGAGGACGUGAAGGCCAUGUUCAACGGGGGCAGCCGCAAGAGGACGCUGCCAGGCUGCGGGUCAGAGAAACACGCACACAGCCGACCGGCAGACUCACCUGUCGUACCUGCGAAGGUGAGGAGCUGCGAGGAGAGCAGCAGAUACCCACUCAUCCCGGUGCCCAGCAAAGGCUUCGGGAUGCUGCAGAAGAUCCCUCCUCCUCUGUUCCCUCACCCCUACGGGUUCCCUGCGUUUGGGUUGUGCCAGAAGAAAGACGAAGGUGUGCUGGGAGAGCAGAGCAAAGCCGGCCUGCCAGGUGUGCUGUGGCCAGGUAACAAGGACAGCACCGCUUAUCACCCGUUCCCCGUGUUCUGGCCUCCGUACCCACAGAGUCACCACAAACCAGAGCUGCUGUGUCCUCCGAGGCAGGCUGACACAUCCGAGCACACAGACACGUCAAAAGACGUCCAGGUGGAGAACGACGACGACAAGUCCGGGGACGAGAGGCCGGAGGGGAUGAGCAUCGGACCCCGCAAGGUCAGCUACCUGUCUGCGUUCAGACCCGUUAUUAAAGACGCAGACUGCAUCUCCAAGCUGUACGGGAACCGGGGCUCUUAUGGAGGAUAUUUGUCCCCGGAUUUCUUGAGUGAGAGCUCCAGUUACCGGUCCAUGUCUCCUCACAGCGAGGACGAGCCCGACGUGGACGUGGAGACAGAUAAGACACCUGAGGAGGAGGAGGACUCGGUGUCCUCGGUGUGUCCUCGGACUCCUCCGGGCUCGACUCACAGCGUUUCACCAAACGGGUCAGAGAGCAGCGAGGUUCAGGCCCAGAGAAUAAGCCUCCACAUGUCCUCUGAUGAGCAGCUAGAGACCCACAUAGCUGUGACUGAAGUUUACACACCGGAGAGACAAAGGAGUCCGUAUCAGUACAAGACUGCAGCUCUCACAGCACAUGAUGAAAGUGCAAGUAAAGAAGAGCCGUCUUCCACAGUGGAGGAGGUCGAAACGAAAUGUUUUAAUGAGCAAAGCAGUGAUGAGAACCAGCGAGAGCCGGAUGAGGGCGAAGACGCGGCAGGCAGAGAGACACAAAGAGCCGUAGAAAGUCUGGCAAAAGAGGAACUGCAGAAGCAGCUGUUAGAACAAGUUGAGCUGAGGAAAAAGCUGGAACGUGAGUUUCAAAACUUGAAAGAUAAUUUUCAGGAUCAAAUGAAGAGGGAACUUUCCUACAGAGAGGAGAUGGUUCAGCAGCUUCACAUCGUCAGAGAAGCUCACGACGCUUUACAUCAUUUUUCGUGUAAGAUGUUGACUCCUCGCCACUGCAGUGGGUCCUGCUCCUUCAAAGCUCCUCUCCUACCACCCUGA